CUUGACCGGCGACUUAUUCAGUUGAUCGCCGGCGAGUUAACAAUGGCGUGUAGUAUAGAGCUUGAAGAAGAGAUGAAACAAAAUGGAAUCGAGAGUUAGCUAAUCUAUCUUUCUCUCUUCCCUUCUCAUUCCCAAUUCACGAUUCGAAAAAUAAUCGAUGGGUAGCAAACGCGGGAGAUCGGUGAUAGCCGCGACCUCCAUCUUCCUCGCGAUGUCAUGCUUAAAUUCCAUCUCAACCACUCAGGUUGGAACAAGCAUGUUAGAUUCGGACACGUUUUGUAUCUCCGACCAAUACAUCAUGCAGUCUUAUUUCACGACACAGAGCUCCUUAAACGAGUCAGAGUUUCGACAUCUUCAUAAGGAAUGUUCUGAGAACAUUCCUUAUGAAGAUGUUCCUGCUGUAGCAACGCUACAACACAGAGACGUAACAGGUGAAGGUUCGCAUCGUCAUCUACUUACAACCAUCAAGCUUCGUUCUUUUCACUCGCAGUCUCACCUUCACAAGCUUGUGAUCGUUGAGCGGUUGCCUUUGGGUGUUUUUGCUGAUCCUUUCGAGCUUCAGAGUCUUCAGCAACGCAGAGCUUUCAGAGACGUAUCUGUGUUUGGAGACACGGAUCUCGAGCAGCCUUCGUUCAGAUCAAACAGGUCUGUCGUUGAGAUUCAUGUCGAAAUCAACGGAAACGGUGAAACAAGCGUUAAGCUUCCUUUACAUGCUCGGUACCAGCCUAUUGGGGAGAGUGGAUACUCUAGAGUGGAGUUUGGAGAGCCAGACUUGUUCUUAUGCUCUAGACAUGUGCCAAACCAGGAACACGAACAGAGGAGAUGCUUGGUUUUGUCAGUAGGCAGAUCAAAGACCCAAACCAGAUCCGUUUUCUGGGAAAUCCCUGCAGGAAUCAGGAGUCAUACAGAGUAUGUUUCUGUUGUUACAUUUGUCGCUGCGGUUUUAUCCGCAUUUUCAAUCCUUGUUGCAUCUGUAUUGAGCUCAAAGGUUGAAUCGUGUAAGAACACAAAAGAGCUAUGAUAUAAGCGUUUUAGUCUUCUUUGUGAUAGUCACGGGACUCGAGAGAGAAAUAAAAUAUGACAAAACUUUUUGUGA